GUGCAAGAGCCGCACGGCACACCCGACCUCACCUUCUUCAUCCAACCAACCACAAAUCUCGAGAAAUUUAGGUAACAACGGUCCAAAGAAGCACGCGCCAAAAUGAUGACUCAAAGAGGCCUAGGUUGACGUGGGCUCGUCUGAUUUUAAUUACCAGGAACAUCAACGCACCCUAAACUCGCAUCGCGCCUGUAAUCAAACGGUGUUGCAGUCACGGCCGCGGCCGCGGUUGCAGCCGCAGUCACGGUCGGAAUGGCUUCUUCACCCGGGGAAAAUGCAGCCGACGCAGAAAAUGGCGUCAAUGACGACGACGAUUAUGACGAGAUCCCGCUGCAGCACAAACGCCCUUUUGGCACGAGCGCUUACCAGAGACCCAUCUCGUUUGUGCCCGCCUCUGCCGACGGCGGCAACCUAGUCAGCUCGUCAAGCCAGCAGCAAACGGAGCAGAAGGGCGAAAUCGUGGCCGAUUGGUAUCUCAGCAUAGUCAGCCCCAACACGACCCGGGACGACAGCAAAGCCACAGACGGAAGCCCCGGAGAGAUGUGUGAGAUCUGCAAUCUGCCGCUCGACUCGCUCGACGGCGACGCACGCCGGGCGCACGAGACGACGCUGGCGCACCAGAUCUGCAUCCCGCACUCGCACCCGCCGUCGGCGCUGGACCGCACGCGCCGCGGGCUGGCCGUUUUGGAGCAGCAGGGCUGGGACCCCGACGCGCGCGACGGCCUGGGCGCCUCCGGCCAGGGCAUCAUCUUCCCCGUCAAGGUCCGCCCCAAGAACGACCACCUGGGCGUCGGCCUCGCCGUGCCCAAGAACCUGCCGCGCUCCAAGAGGGAUGGCAAGCCGCUGCUGCUCAACGCCGGCCAAGUGCGCAAGCAGGUCCGCGACGAUGUCAAGAAAUCGCGGCGCAUCUACCAGGAGCUAUUCGGCUCCAAGAACCAGGACAAGCUGGACAAGCUCCUCGGCCGCCCCGGACCGGCUGGUUGAAGGGUCCGUCGUCUGUUUGUCGGAUUACGUGUACAAGAAUCUAUCUGGUCCAUCCAGGGAUAUCGAUUGUUGGAAUAGU